UAGCAGGACUCAGUUUGAGCUCUGUCAGUGUUUGUUCAGUCAGCAGAGGAACAUGGCUUCAUCCUUUCUGGGCUUUUCCCUCCUCUUCCUCAGCCUGAACGCAGCAGAUGGAUUCAUGCACAGUAUGGUGGAUCGCUGCGAGUUCAACUCCACUGAGCUGCAGGACAUGGAGUUCAUUAAAUCGUAUUAUUUCAACAAGAUGGAGCUGAUCAGGUUCAGCAGCUCAGUGGGUAAAUUUGUUGGCUACACUGAGUUCGGAGUGGUGAACGCAGAGAGAUGGAACAACGACACUGCAUACCUUGCAGCCAUGAGAGCUGAGAAGGAGAGAUACUGCAAAUACAACGCCGAGCUCUUCACCCACGCUGUUCUGUCAAAGAAAGUGAAGCCCUCUCUUGUCACGCUGCGCUUGGUGACGCCCCCUGGUGGGAAAAACACCCGCAUGCUGAUGUGCAGUGUCUACAGCUUCUACCCCAAACUCAUCAGUGUGAAGUGGCUGAGGGACGGAAAGGUCACGACCUCUGAUGUCACUACCACCGAUGAGCUGGCGAACGGUGAUUGGUACUACCAGAUCCACUCCCAGCUGGAGUUCACGCCCAGGUCUGGAGAGAAGAUCUCCUGCAUGGUGGAGCACAUCAGCCUGAGCGACCCACUGAUCAAAGACUGGGUUACGCCUCUUCCUGCGAGACCAGGGACCAGGGAGAUCGCCGUCGGAGCCUCAGGGCUGAUCCUGGGUCUGAUCUAUGCUCUGGCCGGAUUUAUCUGCUACAGGUGGACAGUCAAAGAUCCGUCUCUUCCUGACUCAGAGAAAAACAAGCUCGCCAUCGAAGCCUCGGGACCAGAUCUGGCUCUGAUCUUAUCUCUGGCUGAAUUCAUCUACUGCAAGAAGAAGGUCAAAGGUCGGGAUGUGGCUCUCACAAACUGAGGCAGGAAUCCUGAAGCUUCAUCCUGCUGAGGGAAAAGGCAGCUGGGAGUUUUCAGUGCUGCCCCCUGCUGGAGAGGAGGACAUCCAGGAUGGAGCUCAGCUUCCUGCUCACAGCCACAGCAGAUUCUCAUAUUUCUGCUGAGAUGUCUUCUGAAUAUAAAGAACCUGGAAAAUACUGACAGUAAAACAACAGCAGUGCAGCCUUGAAACCAACAAUAAUAAUCACAGAACAACAAAAAGUUGAUGUGUGUUCAUGUAUUUCCAAACGGUCAUGUAAUACAUGUCAUAGUUACAUAUUAAACAGAUAUUGAUUACAUUUUCUCUGAUUAGACACAUGACAGAUUCUUUAAACCCUCCUGAAAAUUUCUUUGUUGGACGCAAAUCAGUUGAAAUCAUCGCCAUCAUGAAUAAUCACUUACUGACAAUAAUAAACACAAAUUGCCACUUGAUUAUUAUGAACUGUGAUUCUAAUGCUGAAGUAAAACCCGAUGAUCAAAUA